AUGACGAUUGAUGAUAACUCGAGCGCAGUCUCAAUGAACGAAGCGGGAUAUGCGAUGUUCUUCCCUGUCAUUUUCAUAAUGAUUGGUGUCGAAGGCGCCAUCGGCAACACUUUGGUCUGUGUCGUAAUCGCGAGUGCGAUCACGAGGUCGAAAAGCAGCAAUGUGAAUCUUCUCAUCCUGCACCAAGCAUUCAUCGAUGGUGUAACGUCUGUUGUUUUAUUUCUCAGCUACACAUUACCCGUUCCCUAUAUACCAAAGACGGGAGGUUGGGGAGAGUUCCUCUGCCGAAUGUGGGUGUAUGAAAGCCUUCUGUGGAUGCUCUUUGUCGUGUCAACCUACAAUCUCUGCAUGAUGUCUCUGGAGCGUUUCGUAGCUGUUGCAUACCCACUGACCUACUCCACCAAAUUCAACCAGCAAACAUCCAUCCUGAUGAUUCUGUUUUGCUGGAUCAUAGCCCCAUUACUGCAUUACUACUACCCUGUUGGAGACAACUACAAUGAUGGCGGUGUUUGCAAGAGUCGUGGAAAUCGUGUAGUCUUGGCUGCAGUAGGUAUCAUGGUCUUCUUCUGGGAAUUUUUCAUCCCCUUAGUCAUCAUGACUGUGGUUUACGUGCGAAUCGUGUGUCUGCUUCGAAAGCACCACCAAAGAGUCCAAGGUUCUAGUGCUAACACAGGCCAUCAAGACCGUCAAAAUGGGCAACCUCGGCAACACUCUCGGGUCUCUCCUGACCGCAGUGGGGCUCGAAAAGAAGACACCCAGAACACCUCUACACAUCAACAACCAAACGAAGAGCAACAUCAGCAACACGGACAGCAACGGCCACAUCAUCAACAGCAGAGACGUCCGCCAGCUCAAUUUCAGAAAGUUCGCCGUAACGUCACCUUUACUCUCUUGGCUGUCUUCAUCAUGUACGUUGUUUGUUGGCUGCCCAAUCACCUGACCUUCUUGCAACAUGGAUUCGGAGGUCCUCUUGAUUACGGUGGCAUAUGGUUCAACGUCAGCCUUGUCCUUGCCUAUCUCAACAUGAGCAUCAACCCACUCAUAUACGCCCUCAAGUACAAGCUCUUCAGAGAAGGAUUCAAGAGACUCUUUUGUGUCUUCGGGUGUUCUUCUGCUACGCCUUCGGAUACAGUUCGUACAACAUCAGGCUCCGAAAGAAGCUAA